CAGCGGGCUUGUUUGAAAGGAGGACGGCGUCCCGGUAGCUGUUGACAACGGCGUUACACACUGAGAAAGUUUGUUUAUGCGAUGUAGAAUAAUGUAGUGACCGCUAUUUCUGUGUAAGACAAAAUGUGUCGCUGUCGGGAAUGGUGACGUCGUCCAGGGUAUGGAUUUAUCACCCGGAAGGUUGUCAACAACAGAGCAGAGAGACGGAGUGGUUGAAUGUUUAUUAGGUGGCUAACGUCAACUAGCCACGGUAGCAAAGUAGUUUUAACGUCACCGGAUAAAUAGUGCAGUACUGUGUGGUGUCCCGGUGCUGUGGCUUUGAUAGCUGACCGGCUAGCAAGCUGUCAACACUGGUCUCCAAACGAAUACAUUUGUUCACUUCCCAGCGCGACAAUGUCCUCCAAAGACAACACCCGUGUCUUGGUUUUGGAGGAGCAGGUGAAGAGUUUGUCAGAUGAGUUAAUGCAAUGCCAGGCAGACAAAGAGUUUGUGUGGUCCCUAUGGAAACGCCUGCAAGUGGCCAAUCCAGACUUGACCCAGGCUGUCAGUUUGGUGGUUGAGCGUGAGAAGCACAAAGCUGAGACUAAGGACAGGAAAGUGCUGGAGAUCCUCCAGACAAAAGACUACAAGAUUCAGGAGCUGGAACAGAAAGUGGCAGGGCAGCAGCAAGAGAUCAACAACCUGAUGCAUAGGACGAUAGCAGUGGACGAAGAGAGGGCCUUAAUGAACAAGGAGUUGACAGCUCUUCAUGAAAAAUUGGUGAAUGAGAGUCAGGAACUUAAGGAAAUUAAGAGGGAGAAUGGGAGGAGAGAAGAGAAGGAGCGGCAGGUGGUGCGGACUCUGGAGGAGGAGAAGGAGGGAUUAGCUUCCUGCUGCGCCGCCCUGCGCACCGACCUGGAGGAGGAGAAGAGGCAGGCCAACAGUCAACAAGAGCAAAGGGACGCUGCUCAGGCCAGAGUCAAGGAACUGGAGGCGGAGUUGAACAGUGCCUGGCUGGAGGUGACCAGCCUGCAGAGCCAGAGUACCAGUCUGGCAGCCCAGCUUUCUGCCAAGGAGAAGGAGGUCGCAGCAAAAGAAGGGCACCUCAACCAACUUCGUCGUGAGGUGGCUGAGGUGCAGACUCUGUACAGACAGAGUACAGAGCAUGCGGCAGAGCAGAGCCAUCUGAUCAAGCAACUGGAAGGGCUAAACGUGGACACACAGAGAGUCUUGAGGAACCAAGAGGAGGCACACACUGCUGACACCACCUCCUACCAGAGGCUAUACAAGGAGUUGAGUCAGUGCUACCAGGCUCUUGUGUCUAGUGAAGCUAAUCUCCGUCAGAGUCACCUGGAGCUCAGUAGCCAGCUGGCCCAGAAGGACCAGCACAUCCAGCAGCUUAAGGCCCAGCUGCAACAGCAGCAUGAACAACUGCAGCAGCAGCAGCAGCAGCAACAAGCUCAGCAGACAGCUGUCUGUGCUCCACCCAACAGGCAAACAAACUUUAAGGUGCUGCCUGAACAGGCUGAUGCCCCAGCCCUGACGCCUAGCCCUAAUUCUGACCCAGCCUCAACCCUGGGCUCAGAUGCCAGUCUAGAGCUAGAGCAAAAAGGCCUUAAACCCAGUUCUGCUAGCCUUGAUUCCACUAGAAGACAGCAGGGUACACCUGUGCAGCGGUCCAGGUCUCUGUCCCCAGCCAGCAGUGAAAAGAUAGGUCAUAGGAAGAAAGGAGGAAGAGGAGUGGAACAGAGGAUUCAGGACCUUGAGGAGCUGCUUCAAUUGAAGAUGGAGGAGAAUGAGGAGCUGAAGAGGGCUCAUGAUAAACGUCGUGAACGUCUGUGUCUGAUCCAGACCAACUAUAGGACAGUCAGAGACCAGCUGAAAGAAAUGGAGGAAUCAAAUAUCUUGCCAAGCGAAAGGACGCAACGUGCAGAGUCAUGGCAGCUGAGACACGAGAACAGCGAUGCAGUGUGGAAUGAGCUGGCCUACUUCAAACGCCUCACCAGGAAACUCUCCGUCGAAAAAGCCAACCUGGAAGAGGAGCUGGAUAUGUUGCGCGUCCAGGCUGCAAUGGACCGAGCCACAGUGAAGGAGCUGCGCCUUUGUCUCAGUGAUGAACACCAAGUACUGCUUCACAAAGUGGCAGAGGAGCGGCAGGUCAGAAGCAGCACUCCAAAAAAACCUUCUGUUUCUUCUGAGCGAAUGGAGCAGUCAUUAAAAAAGAUUAAGCAGCUGGAGCAGAGGAUGAUGUCCCUGGAGGAGGAGACAGAGAGGAUAAGGGAAGAAAAAGAGGAGCUACUAGAGGCCAACGAGGACCUGACCCACAACUGCCGCAGUCUCCAGGCCUCCCUGGACCGCUUGCGCAGCCAGGAGGCUCUUCGCGAUGAGGCAGAGGAGAGGCAUCGAAAUGAGAUCCAAGUUCUAGAGGCCCGGCUGGCCACCUCCCAAAAGGAGGCCACCCAGCUCCGACAUCAACUGCUGAAGCUGAGACAGGAGCUGGGGAUUCUCAGAGCGGCCAGGGACUUCUAUAGGAACCGUGCAGCAGGGCCAGUAGGGGGAGGUGGGGUAGCUAGCAACAUUAGUAGCAAGGUCAAAUUCAAAACAACCAGGCUCAGAGGUCCAAUACGCCCGCGCAGCCACCGAGCAGUCGGCCCCAAUCAAGCCAUCACUUGGCAAGGCCGCAGCUCCAGCCCCACUAAGGACGAAUGGGAGGACAUGAGCUCAGAUAGCGAUAAUGGUGAAGAGUACUCAGACAGUCUGAACAGCGUGCCCUCGGGGACAAGGCCUCAUAGACAAUACACUGUCCGAAAGUUCUACAGGUAUGCACUGAUUUCAGACACCGAAGCGCCAGCAACAGAGUCAAACAGAAGGCAACCUGAUGUUCCGGAGCAAGACGAUAAACAGCAUGAGCCCAGGGAGCGAGGGAUGAGAGGAGAGAAAAGCAGGAGGAGGAGGACGCUGAUGAAGACCCAGCGCUGCUCCUCCUCUUCUCUGCAGCAGCGCUUGGAGUCCCUACAGCGUCACAUUGACAUACUGCAAAGUGCCAGGAAAGAUGCUGUGCUCUCAGCCAGGGAGCUGCGGCAGGCCAAUGAGAAGAUCACGGCACAGCUCAACUCCCUCACCGAGAAACUCUGCAGCAGCAAGCAGCUCACACAGAAGCUGACCUGUGACCUGGCUGGAACGGAGCAGCAGAAAAAGGUUCUGGAGAUGGAGCUGGAGCAGUGGAGGCAGAGCACGUUCCCUCAGCAAGCUGCAGCACCACCAGUACCAGUAAAUGCAGAGUGCUCCUGCCAGGGCAAGGCCAUGCCCGCCUCAGCCAACCCUGCGCUCCAGGCCCUGGAGGCUGAGGUCAAACAACUGCAAGCCAAACUUAAGAGUGCCAGUGCGGAGGUCACAAGGCAGGUGGCGGCUAACAAAGCCCUGCGAGGCCAGCUUUUGGAGAAGGAGGACAAGCUCCGCCAGCUGCAGGACAAGGCAAGCCACGCGGAGAGAGACGCGAACAUGAAGAGGCAGCUGGUGGAGGACCUGAAAACGAGGCUGAAGUUCCUGCAGGACACAGAGACGAGUCACCGCGGGCAGGUGGAGGAGCUGGAAAAGAAGGUGAAGACUUUAUCAGAGGAGGCCACCAACCGAAAGGCUUUCAUUGAGUCUCUGAAGAGGAGGCUGAGUGUGGCAACCACAGAGAGGAGCCAGUACGAAGCCUCCUGCGCAAAACUGAGGGAUGAGCUGGAGAAGAAGGAGCAGCGCGUGGGGUCUCUGCAGGCUCGUGUGGGAGCUAGUGAGCAGGCCAUGGCUGCACUCGAGCAGACAGCCACCAAGCAGAUGGAGGACUUGACCCAGCAGAGCUCCCAAGCAUUAGAUGUGUUGCAGAGACGGCUGGGCCAGGCACACUCCCAGCUGGAGCAGCUUCACGCUUUCAUCACGGCCCUGGCCAGCGAAAUACUCAGAGACAUUCAAGAGGUUAAGCAGCAGUUGAUGAAGAGGAGGAGGUGGAGGCAGGCCAAUGCUGUGGCAGCAAAGGGCGGCCUGUCAGCUAAGUCCAUGAUCAAAGCCAAGUCCAUUGCUGCCUCCAUCCUCAAUAUGUCAGAGAAUGACCUGGCGGACAUGAUGGACACUGACCAGGGGACAGAAGCCAGUUCAGAGGCUCUCAGGGACCAGGAGUGGCUGCAGCAGAUCAACCAUAUCCUCCAAAAGAAGAUCCCCUCUGCUGGCCAGCUAAUGGAGGCUGUGCGCGUGAAGAUGAAGGAGAGGAAAGUGCUGACAGAAGAGCUGGCCGCGCUCGCAACACCAGUCAGCGAAAACGCCUGACUCCCUGGGCUGAGGCUGGGAAAACUGUCAUCCUCUCCUUUCUCUCCCUCCCUCCCUCUCUCCCUCCCUGGUUCCUUCUCAGUGGGAGCUGGGCUGAGCCAAGCUGAGCCAGGGCAGCAGAACCAAUAUUUGCGAGAAAAACGCUGUCGACUCACUCUGGGCCACUAGCUCAACACAGCAGCCCUGCUUUUGUAAAUGAGCCCUCGACAUCUGUGUUAGCGCUCAGUGCACUAUGUCUAUCAGAUGGCCCUUUAGCACCAAGCUAAUUUACAAUGCAGCCACACUCUCCCCCCACUCACAACUCAGACCCGGGGUGAUAAGGCAAGUGCUUACGCUAAUGUUUAAGUUAGACAUGGUCUUUUUUCUUUCUCUCUCUUUUACCUCUCUCUCUAAUUUAUUUAGGAUCUCAAGGACCUUAGGGUGCAGGGACCUGACCUAGCAAUGCCAAGUCGACACUUUGAGGAUGUUAAGAUUGCAGUACAGUGCAGAAUAUUCACUGCAAGUCCUGAUACUGUACUGUGUUCAAUCAUUGAAACCCAGUGAGUUACAUUUAUCAAAUGCACCAAAAUAGUUUAUUUCUUGGAGAUUUUUUUUUUUCAUACAUGCUUACAAAACGUCCGUUUUGUGUAUUUGUUCAGUCAAUAAUCCAGUGAGUAUUUAUGUUACGAGACAGGUUAUUGUUGAUUUUGAAUAAAGGCAUUU